UGGGAGUGGAGGAAGUGGAAUAUAAUUACACAAAUUGAGAGAGAGAAAAAAAAAUUAGAAUGUAUAUUUACGCAAUUAAUUUUCCACAAAAAGAGGGAAUAAGGAAUUCGCUAUCCUGUUUCAGGUGUUUCGAGAGGCACUGUUAAGAAUAUUAACGACAACAUAAAAGAAGAAGAAGAAGAAGAAGAAGAAGAAGAAGAAGAAGAAGAGGAAGAGGAAGAAAUAGGCGAAUUCAAGAAAUGGGCGAAAACAUCAAUAGGAAUUCUGAUAAUUGGAGUGAAGAAAUAGAAGAAGAAAUUGGGAAGGCGGUGGAGCAAGCGAAGGAGCUUCAGGAGGCGGCUUCGUCGUUCCUCAACGGCACGACCUCCGAGGAGCAAUCCCUCCGCAGCCGCGCCCAGUCGCUCGAUUCCUCGCUCCGCCGCCUCAGAUCCCUCCUCCACUCCGACAAAUCCAAUCUGUUGGAUCCGAAGCUCGACGAGGAUUUGCAGAGAGCCAGAUGUAUUCUCACCGACGGAGACGCCGCUUCCUUUCUUCCUGUCAAACCCCAGGGUCGGUUUCUGAGGAUGUUUCUGGGUCCGAUUAAUGUGCGUGCCGCUCGCAAAGACAUCCAGCUCAAGGUUAAAGAGGAGUACAACAGUUAUAGGGAUAGAACCGCCCUUCUGUUUCUUCUUUUCCCAUCAAUUCUGCUUAUUCUAAGAUCUUGGAUUUGGAAUGGAUGCCUGCCAGCAUUCCCAGUUCAGCUGUACCAGGCAUGGUUGUUGUUCCUAUACACGGGUCUGGCAUUGCGUGAAAACAUACUAAGAGCUAAUGGAAGUGACAUCCGCCCAUGGUGGAUAUACCAUCAUUAUUGUGCCAUGGCCAUGGCCCUUGUUAGUCUCACAUGGGAGAUUCAGGGGGAGCCUAAUUGUUCUCAGAAACAGAGAGGAGUCCAUCUUUUCCUACAAUGGGCUUUGAUGCAAGGAAUUUCUAUGCUUUUACAAAAUAGAUAUCAACGCCAGAGACUCUAUACUCGUAUUGCAUUGGGAAAGGCUAAGAGAAUGGAUGUUGUCUGGGGAGAAACUGCUGGUGUAAUUGGUCAGUUGUGGGUGCUGUGUCCUAUCUUAUUUAUUUUGCAGGCUUUUGAGGCAUACGUUGGACUGCUAUUGCUCAGGACUGCACUGGAUGGGGUUGUUUCUGAAUGGCAGGUGAUUUUUUGCGGGAUCCUUUUGGUUCUAAUGGCCGUCGGAAACUUUGUAAAUACAGUACAGACACUCAUGGCAAAAUCAAGAUUUAAGGCAAAGAUGAAAAGGAGCAAGAGCAAGCAGGAAUUCUAGUGGGACAUUCCUGCUUCAUGGAAUCUAGGCUUUGGUAUGUUUCUGCGUACAUGUGUUAGUUAGACUGUGGAAAGCCGAAGCAGCGGAGACUGUCUUUCAUAAAAGAAAAUGUUGUCACUCUAACCUUAAUCCAAAUGCAUCGUGAUCUGUGUUCUGCCCGUAGUA